AUGUGGUGGCAGGUUGAAGGGGAGGAGGAGGAACGGGAUGGGACACAAGCACCAAUCAACAGGGAGAAUAGAUCGGGUGAAACAGGCUGGUCUUUUGAUGCCCUAUAUAAGAGCCUACAACUUCAAACUAACAAUCACUUCUAUGUUGACUGGCUCCUUGUAAUUGAUCUUUUGGGUAAGAAUGAAUUGACUUUAUUUUAUUUAAGAAGAAAGGGUUUGGGGUGGGGUGGAGCAAUGGAAUUGUCACUUUACCCCCCGGCAGAAAUAUUGAAACUUUACCAGCUAUGUGACACAGGCAGAAAUCCAACUGGUGGAGCUUCUGUUAAUAGAGCUUGACUUUUUUUAUGGAUUACGGCAGAAUUCAAGUUAAUCCACAAGCCCUGCUCUUGAGACCUUGGUGUGUGUGGGGGGGCACUUGUUCUUAUAGUGGGCGGGUGAAAAAAACCACUCUCCUGGGUGUUCAUAUGGGUCUGAGGUGUGGCAGUUGUGCAACGGGUGUCAAAGCACAGAAUUAAGCCCCGCUGUGGUGCUGGGGGCAACUGCCCCAGUUUAAUUUUAGCCUGUUCUCAAGAGGGGAAGAAGGUGUCAAGGGUGGAGCAGUAGAAGGAUGGGAAAGUAGAAAAUCUAGAAGGAAGCUGGGGACAAAUGUGAAACGCAGGGGUUGUCCUUGACAAUAGUUGUUGUUUGGCUACUGCUAGGCUGCAACAAAGGGUAGCAGUGUAAAGUGCUCUGAUUUGGGAUAAACCGGUUCCGUUCCGUUCCCAACAGUCAGUCUGCAUUCUCAGUCCUCAACUGCUGCUACUGGUGUUUCCUGUAGGCUUUCCCCCCUCCCAACACACAAUGUUUUCUUUAUUUCUGCAAACCUUGGGGGCUCCCCCAGCCUGCUGAUAUUACCCCCUCGUGCUAGGGUUGCCAUACGUCCUGAAUUUCCCGGACAUAGAUGGGAUUUGGCAAUCAGAAACAAUGUCCGGGCGAAAAUCACUUAAAUGUCCAGGAAAAUCCAGACAUAUGACAACCCGUGUUGGAAAUGUAGAUUUUGGCGAAUUUCCUUUAAAAAAAAAGCUUUAAAAAACUCUACACUGGUCCCAACUUGGCUGCGUAAGCACCUGAACUAAGGGAAGUGAAAUUACUAUUGUUUGAUAUUCAACACCACCAAUGUACAUUUUAAUUUUUCAUUUAGAAAGAUUCUGUGCCACCUUUCUGAGUUUGGGAUUUCUAAAUUACUUUUAUUACGUCUGGGUGGUAGACAUAGAUGGGUAUAGCUCUCUCCUCCCUUUGUCCCCCCUCCCUUUCCAACACCUUUAGCUGUUCAGCCUCCUCUCUAACACAGGCACUGCAGCCUUCAAGAAUGGCUGCUCUCUAUUGACCAAAAAGGAGGCAUACAAUAGUUUCUAGUCCUCAUGAAAAGUUUUGCUUUUUUUAAAGCGUGCCAUGCAGUUGGGCAGAAAACGUGAAGUGGUUUUUUGGGAGGAGGGGGGAAUUGUUCACAAAGUUCACAUAUUUACUAUAUUCUUUGUUUUUAAAACAGUAAAGUAUUUAACAAGCAAGCAAACAAAAAAACCUGCCUCACGAAAAACCUGAGAAUUCACUUGGCCAACUAAGCCUAUACCAGGGUUUCCCAAAUUUGGGUCUCCAGCUGCUUUUGGACUACAACUCCUAUCAUCCCUAGCUAGCAGGACCAGUGGUCAGGGAUGAUGGGAAUCGUAGUCCAAAAACAGCUGGAGACCCAAGUUUGGGAAACCCUCACUGUACCUUUAAAGCAAUGCUUCUAUCUAACUAUCUGAUAUGGUGGGCCAUCAUUUUCCCCCAGCCUCAAUGUGCCAGGGACUGGCACCAUAUUUGGUCUCUGAAGCUCCCUACCCAACCUGAGCUGUGGGAGGGUUUACGUGGCCUUUGAGCUGAUAGCUUGUGGACUGCCAAUGGUUUGUGGGCCAUCCCUUUGAGUACUACUGCUUUCCAGCACAUUCUUUCCUCCCAGAGAAUUCUGGGCACUGUAGUUGACCCCUCAGGGAGCUUCAGUUCCCAGUAACUCUUAACGAACUACAAUUCCCAGGAUUCUUUGAGGAGAGCCGCAUGUCAAAUGUACACUGUGGGUGCAGCCUGCGUACACACAAUGCCCUCAAAGCACAUCUUCUCUCUCAAGGAAUUCUGACCACAGGACUUCACCCCUCACAGAAUUCCCAGUAAUUCCCUUAACAAACUACAGUGCCCAGAAUUCUUUGAGGGGGGGAGAUGCGCUUUCAAUGUGCUUUAAAGGUAUAGUGCGUACGAAUCAAGCCGUAGAGUGCGCGGGCUUGGUCUUGCUUCCUCACCUCUUUUCUCACAACCUCUCCCCGUCCUCCCUUUCCCCCCAGAAAGUAAAGGAGUGCUCCAGGAGUGCCAAAAUGAAGGUGUUCGCUCUCGCAAUCCUGUUGGUCAGCGUCUGCUGCAUGGAAGGUACUGUGGGGCAAGGGGGCUGGCAGCGUUCUUCAUUGCAUAUCGUGAGGGAAUCAAAGAGUGCUUCCAGGUGGAACUUAAUUUGCAAUAAUAAUAAUAAUAAUAAUAAUAAUAAUUUAUUUAUAUCCCGCCCAUCUGGCUGAGUUUCCCCAGCCACUCUGGGCAGCUUCCAAUCGAGUGUUAAAAACAAUACAGCAUUAAAUAUUAAAAACUCCCCUGAAGAGGGCUGCCUUCAGAUGUCUUUUAAAGAUAAGAUAGCUGCUUAUUUCCUUCACAUUAGAAGAGAGGGUGUUCCACAGGGUGGGUGCCACUACCAAGAAGGCCCUCUGCCUGGCUCCCUGUAACCUCACUUCUCGCAAUGAGGGAACCGCCAGAAGGCCCUCGGUGCUGGAUUUCAGUGUCUGGGCUGAACGAUGGGGGUGGAGACUCUCCUUCAGGUCAUUGGCAACCGUUGAGGGUGGGUGUUUGUUUUCCACUUAUUCAAUUUUCUCCGGUAUUGUUCCAUCGGGACUGAACUUUGAACGACACAGUGUGGACACAGGAGAGGGGAUACUGCAUGCGUGAGGAGCAGAGAUGAAGCUCUCUAGGUAGAGCAUUUGCCUUGCAUGCAGAAGGUCCCUGGUUCAGUCCCCAAGGACAUCUCCGUGAGCCCAGGGAGUGGUGGUGGGACGACAAUGAGUGGUGAGAAGGAGGAGAGGGAGAAGACUAGGAAGAGGAGGUGCUGGGAACUGAAGGGGUAACAGGGCUUAGUGAGCUGGGAGAGUCUGUGGCAGACAGAAGUCCAAUAUCAGAGGCAGAAGCAGGAGAGUUGGAGGAGAGAGGCCAAGAGGCAGAGAUGAAUCAGGCUGCUGAAGAGUCAUGGGUGACUCGCCAUCUUGCUGCAACAAACUCUGGUCUCCUAGAACCAAAAGAGGCAUGAAGUGGAAGGAGCAAAGACAGACUGCAUGCUGGCUCAGUCUCUGAUUGCUUUGGGGGGCAAACCCUGGAGAGGAGGAGACCUAGACAAUCGUGGGGAGGCAGGAACCUUUAGUUUCAGCAACUGAUUCAUGGGGACGAAACACCUGUAGGUGGGUUCCUAUGUUCAUUAGGCCUGUUACUCAGCCGAGUCUUUGCAGAUCCUGUUCUUGCUAAUAAAGCUUUAACUCCAACAUGCACUGUGUGAUUUACUGCUGGCUCACUCCUGUCGUUCAGGUAGGUCUGGGAGGAACCCCUGGAGCAUCACUGAAGAUGAUACUGAGCUAGUUGGUCUGAUUCAGUAUGAGGCAGCUCCCUUUGAACUAAGAGGGUGUACUGGUUAAUGGCUUUUUCCCUUUCUACUGUCGAGUGACCCCCUGUUUACGAGUCUCCCCCUGUCCUUGCAGGGACUGUGGUCAGACGGCAAGCGGAACAGGCUCCAGCCCAGGCUUCUGAUGUCGUGCAGCAAGUGCAGAGCUACCUUAAUAGCUUAUCUGACUACUUUCAAAAGGAACUCGUGCCACAAGAGAAGAUAGAGGAACUCAAGGCCCAGACAAUGUAAGAGCUCCUUCCCCCACUCACAUCUUUCUUUCUUUUAAAUGUAUUUUUAUUAAAAGUCCAACAAUUCAGAAAGACAGACAGAACGAAAGGCGACUGAGCAUGGUCAGGUAAGGAGAUGAAGCAUUAAAAACAUAACUUGUACAAAAGAGGCAAUAUUUCGAUUCAAGGCAAAAACAGCGGAUCAAAUACACAUAUAAAUGAAACAGCGCCAGAUCCAAUCGCAUUUCAACUGAAAUGGGGUGAGGACCCUUUUUAUACAAUUUAAAAAAAACCUCUGGAUCAGGUAACCUUCCCCUCCACUGCCCAAUAAAGGCACCAAAAUCUACACAUGGAACCUGGUUACUGUUACCAAGGCCUGAUGGUUAUUGGCUGGUGGUGAAUCAGAGACUGGCUUUUUCCCUGAUGGCACCAGUGUUGUGGAAUGCAAUCUGCCGGCUGAUAUAUGAGAUGCUGCAUCUGUAUUGGCAUGCUGCCGGCUUUCGAAGAUACUUAUUUAUACAGGCAUUCCCUUAUUCUCUCAGCCCGAGCCUCCUGUUUUAAUGCAGUUUCAUUUUAAUGGGAUUGUUUCAUUGCACAUGUUAAUUAUGGUCAUUUAUAUAUUAAUGUUUCAGUUGGAUUGUUUUACCAUGCAUUUAAAUUACACCAAAUUUUAAACAAUUAGUCUGUAUUUUAACAAUACACACAGGUCCCGCUAUCAGAAUGCUCCUUAUCUACAAAUUCCAAACAUAAAGAAUUAUGCCCAAACAACAGCUGAUUCAGAUAUCGGAACAUCUGGAGUUUGCCCACUUCCUUACUUGUUUGUGCUUUGCUGGUCAGUCGCAGCCAUUUUCGGGCAGAAAGCGUGGAAAAGGGGAACAGGCAGAGAGAAGGGAUAAAUCAGUUUUUCCUUUGUCUCUCUUUUGCUGGUUGGCUGCAGCCAUUUCAGGAUGAAACCAUGGAGUGAGAGAGAAGACAGGUUGGACAAAUCACGGAUCAGAAAUGUUCCCAUGGGAAAUAUUGGAAAUUGUCGUUAUGCAAACUCUUGCCUAACAAACGAUUUCCUGAGGAACGCAUUGCAUUCUGAAAACUGCAUGUACUGUACUGUGCAGUUGGUUCUUACGUUUUGUAAACUGCUUAGAAGCAAUCUGGGCAUUAACCAGUUGCAUAUAUAUGUUAACUCAUAAUCGGCAAUAUGGCUAGGAAUGGAACCCCCAUGCACUGGGGCAGUCUCUCCAAAGAACAGCUGCUGAGGACUACCAAAGAAGGGGAGAGCCAUCAUGCUCUGCUUGUUGGCUUUCCAAAAGUGUCUGUCAUAUCACUGUUGGAAAUGGAUAGGAUUAGAGCAGGCAUCCCCAAAUUCAGCCCUCCAGAUGUUUUGGGACUACAACUCCCAUCAUCCCUGACCACUGGUCCUGUUAGCUGGGGAUGAUGGGAGUUGUAGUCCCAAAACAUCUGGAGGGCCGAGUAUUGGGAUGCUUGGAUUAGAGGGAAGCCCUUGGCCUGAUCCACUUAUUGAUUCUUUUAUUCGUCCGUUUAUUCAUUCUGGCAGGGCUUACGUGCAGCGGGCACAAGAGCAUGUGACUCCUAUGGCUGA